AUGGGGGCGACUAUUCAUAAGGUACUGAUGCUGAGCAGUCUUGGCUCCAUAGCAUUCUCGAAUGGAUUUAUCUUUGCUCAAGUAACAGGAAUGAUAAAAUCACUACAGGAGAAUGAAGAUGGACUAAAUCUUACCGAGAGCAACAUAGUGUGGAUAACAUCCGGUUUGUCGUGGAGCAACUUUCUUGGCUUCGGAUUGGCAAUGUUAAGUGACAAGAUCGGAAGACGAUGGCCAUUGAUUAUAUCUUCAGUAGCAAUAGUUGUGCAAUGGAUUAUUUUAUACAAGGCACAGAAUAUAUAUCACUUUUUGCUGUCAAGAUUCAUUGCUGGUGUUGCUAUUGGAGCAAGAUACUGUUUAAAUAUACUAAUUACAGCUGAAUACACUUCUCCAAAAACCAGAGCCUUCUUCCUCAAUAUAAUAACAUCGGUGUCUCCAGCUAUCGGCACAGGAUUGGGUCACUACUUGGGCAAUAUCUUCCACUGGAGAACUGUUGCUUUAAUAUCGAUUUUCCCAGCACUUGUGGGUAUUAUUGUGCCUUAUUUUUGUGUUGAAAGCCCUCAUUGGUUGGCCUCGAAAGGCAGGUUCCAAGAAUGUGAGGAAAGUUUCAAAAAAAUCCACGGAAACAGCUUAAAAUCAGAAACAGAACUGCAAUAUCUGAUAAAAAUUGAAAAAUGCAAAUUGAGACAAGCUGAAACCAGCAAUACGAAAACCAUAAAUGCAAAAUUAUGGCUCGCAUUAAGGAAGAAGUACUUCUGGAAUUUAAUUCUUCUGGGUGUCUUCAUAACCUUGUAUUUAGCUGCUUCGGGCAAGAUCGCAUUCACAAUCUUAGCAACAAAUAUUCUUGAAGACAUGACUGGAACUCCUAAUAUUGUUCUUUAUACCAUUCUAGUAGAUAGUUUUAUCCUGGUAGGCACCAGUUUAUCUUGCAUACUAGUGAGGAAACUGACGAUGCGUAAUGUGUUAUUUUCCACAGGAUAUACAGCCAAUGCUGUUUUGAUUAUUCUGAGUGCUUGCCUUUACUUCGGAGCUGGUGUAGAGAACCUGCGGUGGGUGAAUGUAUCGUUGUUGGGAGUGUACUUCAUUUUAACAGAAUCUGGUCCAUCCCCUGUAUUAGAGGCAUUAUUGGGAGAGAUAUUUCCUUUGGAAAUAAAAGUGUACUGUAUGUUCUUCCUUGGCAUAAUGCUAUCUACCUUUUUAACAUCGUCACUCAUCCUGUUUCCAAUAGUAACGAAUGCCAUCGGAUAUUAUGGAAUAUUCUUACUCAAUGCUGCUAUAAUGUCAACUAGUCUAGUAUUAAUCGGUUUAAAACUACCAGAGACUAAAGGAAGAACACUACAAGAAAUAGAAGUGUAUUUUAAAACUAACAUAUUUGAUAUCGACGAAGCAUUGAAUGAUGAGAGGAAAAAUAUGUUGUUGUAA